GCUGUAAGCUAUGCCCCACAUCGACUUUACUGUCGACAACAACACACGACCACCGCAUCUUGCCUCGAGAUAAUACAAGAUUUCCCAUCUUCGAUACUCCCACUUUCCUUGCAGCAUCCAUCCUCCGCAACCUCUCUCAUAGACUCACAGACUAGUAAUGCCGUACAGCCUCAAGGGCAGAAAUGUGCUCGUCACGGGCGGCUCAGCCGGGCUCGGCGAGACCAUAAGCAUCUCCUUCGCCAAGGAAGGCGCCAAUGUCGCAGUCAACUACUUCAACCGGGUCGAGCCCGCGCAGAAUGUAGUCCAGGCGUGCGAGAAGCAGGGUGUCAAGGCGGUGGCGAUCAAGGGUGACAUGUGCGACACGUCCGAGUGCAGGAGAGUGGUGGAGGAGACGAUCAAGCAGCUUGGUGGGAUUGACGUUGUGAUUUCGAACGCGGGAUGGACACGCUUCAGUGACUUUGCAGAUCUGGAUAGCAUGUCUGAAGACGAGUGGGACAAGUGCUGGGCCGCCAACGUCAAAGCGCCCCUCGCCCUCCUCAAAGCCGCCAAGCCCACGUUUGAAUCCAAUCCCGACGGCGGCGCUUUCAUCAGCAGCGGCUCCAUCGCCGCCGUGUCGCAGGCCGGCUCCUCGAUGCCCUACGCCGUGACCAAGGCGGCGCAGCUGCAGCUCAUCAAAUGCCUUGGUGCGACACAGGGCCCCAAAAUACGCGUCAACACCGUAUUGCCCGGGCUGUUGCUUACGGAAUGGGGUAGAAAGUACUCGGAUGAGAAGAUCCAAUGGGCGAAGAAUACGGCUGCGCUCAAGCAUGAAACGGAUCUCCAGGACUGCGCGGAUGCCUUUAUCAUGUUGGCGAAGAAUACUAGUAUUACGGGUGCAAGGAUCCAGGUCGAUGCGGGACUCAACGUGCAGGGCACAUAGUAUCUUUCUCCUGACGAGACCGCAGUGUGUCGCCUGUAUGGUGUAUAUCGGGUGUAGCAGAUACACACGUGUAAAGUACAC